AUGAGCCGUGAUGUGUGGGCGGAACGACGGGAGCUGAUUGAGUACCUGCUCAAGGAGCAUGCCCGGCGAGGGGGCAGGGUGGUGGCCGCUCCCCAAACUGCGCUCUACGAGCCUAGGGUCCUGGACCAGCUGAAUAUCACCGCGCUGGUCAAGCAGCUCCAACAUGGAGGCACUCUGGAGCUAGCAAGGGUAAUGCUGCCCGCAUCUGCCAACGGUUUCGGAGCCGGGGACCGAGCCGCAUCAUCCGCUGUCAUGGUCGGCGGCAGGGCCUCCUCCGGCGUCGGAGGCGACAACCCCUUCGGGCCCACGGGGCCAGCGGCAGCGGCUGCUCAGCCGCCGCCGCAGUCCUCACUAUCCCUCACUACCAGUGCCUCUACGGGCGCCGUCGGAGUCGGCGGAGGUGGCGGAGGUGAUAAUCCCUUUGCGCAGCCGCCGCUGCCGCCGGCAGGCUCUCGCCAUGGUUCCCACAUCUCGGGGGACAACCCCUUCAACUCACCCAGCGGCGGUGGUGGCGGGGGGGGAGUCAGUGGAGGCGGAGGAGCUGGAGGCGUCAGUGGGGGCGGCGCGCCCAACCCCUUCGCCGCCAAGGGCACGUCCUCCCGGCCCUCCAAUGGCACCAUCUCAGCUGCAGAUGGUGCCAUGUUCUCCAAGAAAAAGGGGACCGCUGGUGGCGUCGGCGGCAGCGGCGAGCCGCCGGUGACGGUGCUCUCCACCUCCGUAAAGCUGUCGUACAGCGUGACGUCGCCGCCGCCACCGUCACAGCAGCAGCAGCAACGACCUCCCCUCGAUAGCAUAUCGAGUUGUCGGCGGUUAGACGGCAUGGGCGGCCCCGACGGCGGCGGCGGCGUUGGGCCGGCAGGGUCGCUGCUACCCCCGCGACUGGACCUGCCACAGCUGGAAACGGGCCAGACGGACGAGCAGCUCCGGGACCUGGCCUACCUGCUGUUCGCCGCCGUGGCCGGGGGCACUGGCAGCCCCCAGCACGCGGCCCUGCUGCCCAUUAUGAGACAGCAGCUCGUUAUUGACGACACGCGGGCCGCGGAUGUGGGGAGGGUGCUGCGGCACCUGCAACCAGGCGGCGAGCCCACGCUGAUCGACCAGCCUCACCCUCUGUACGGCAGCAGCAGCAGUCAUUCGGGCGGUUGGCGGCCCAGUCAGAGGGCCUCCCUGGAGCUGUUGUUGCGGUUGAUCAGUGUCGUACGGCCAGAGGACUUCGAGGCUUUCAAGGGCUUUCUAAGGUGGAAGGACGUGACGGUGGCGGUGCUCGAGCGCCAGGUGGCUGCUGCGGUGGCGGCGGGCUGGACGGGCGACAAGACGCAGCUCAAGAAGAUGCUCGCCAGGAUGCACGGCGCCGCCCGUCGCGCCGAUGUACGCGGCGAGGGUGAUUUUGAGGAGGAGGAGUACGGCGAGGCUACUCGUGUUCUUGCUGACGUGGCGGGGCAGCUGGCUGCCGGCUGCUCCACCGGGUUGAGAUUCCCCUGGGCCGUGCGGGUCAGGCUGUGCGAGAUAUUGGUCGCAGCCUUGUUCGACACCCUCGAGGAGGGCACCUACAUAGACGAGGCGGCUCUGGUGAUGCAGUUCCUGGACUCGUUGUUCUUCCCGGCUCUGGGACUGUCACCCUCGGUGGCACUGGCGGUUAACGCCUGGGUACAUUUCAGCAUGUACGUGGGUACGGGGUGUAGGGAGCAGCGGCUCAUGAAGCAACUCAAACAGCAGAUCUCCAGGCUGGCGGCGGCGGCGGCGGAGGCGCCGCUUAGAGCCAGCGACCCGUUCGGCCUGGCAGCGGAGGGCGGAGGCGGUCCCCCUGCCCCGCCGGAUGAGCUGUCCAGGGAUGGCGCCCUAGCAGCCCAGGUCGCCAACCACAUCGUGGAUUGGGUGUACAGUCGCCUGUGCGACUACCAUGUUGCCUUCCCUCGGGGUGAGAACCUGGCCGCGCUGCUGGAUGUGUUCGUGUUCGCCUGCAAGAGCCGCGGUGACGCCCCUCCCCGGUUGUGUGAGCUGCUGGUGGAGGCUGUAUGCGGGAGCGCCGCCUCGGCAUUCCGGCAGCAAAUGCGGGCCAGGAUGGAUCCUGGCGCGUCGAACGAGAUGCGGCUGCUGGAGCUGGCCUCCAUCGUGCACGACAUCCACGACGCCGACACGAACACGUUCUCCCCGGUGCUGAGCCCCCACUUACCCGCGGCGCUGGCGGUGGCGGCGGCCAGGAUGCACCACCUGUACGGCCAGCACCUGACGCCGUGGCUGGCAAUGUCCAAGACCAUCAGCCCUGCCGUACUGGACGUGUUCCGUACCGCCAACGUGCUAGAGCAGCGCCUGGCGGGGUCCCUAGCCACGGCCAUGCCGCCGGGAGGAGGCGCUGUAGGGGCAGGGGGUGGAGGAGGGUCGACAUUGCCGCCGGCCGUGGCGGACGUGUUGUCACCUUUCCGGCCCUGGGACUUGGCAGGACCGCUUAAGACGGCGCUGCUGCAGUGGGUGGUGACACAGGUGUCGAAUUUGAACACCUGGACAGCUCGGGCCCUGCAGACGGAGAAGUGGAAGUCCAUGGGCUCCGCACCAGACGGCGCCCACACCGCCAGUGCUGCUGAAGUGUCGUGCAUGACGACGGAAGCCCUGGAUGCCUUGUACGGCAUGGACGUACCCAUGCCCUCUGAGGUGCCUCAGGCCUUGUUGGAGGGCAUUGACGGAGUGCUGUGCAAGUACGUGACCCACGUCAAUGACAAAUUGGGAGCACUCCAACGGCUCAUACCGCCAGUACCGCCCCUCGUGAGGUACAAAAAGGACGUGGUGACUAAGAACGAGCAGGCUGAGCGAGAUGCAGGUCGCAGCAGCACCAAAGGGGGAAAGAACAAGGUGGCCUUCCUCGCCAGUGUGCCGGCGGUUGAGAGCUCCCCCGACUUCACCAACAUCAGCGCCUCCCUCACCACUGAGGUGCUGCUGGCGGCGGCAUGCAGCCUCAACUUCCUGUACGGCAGGGCAGAGGUGCUGGUGCAGUUAUCCCGGGAGCGGCAGAUGCAAUCCGUCGCGGCCCACUCGGCAGCCUCCGCAGCCACUUCGCGUCUGAUGGCGCCGCCAGGAACAACAGCACCAGCGCCAGCAUCAGGUUUCGGAGCGGGAGCAGGGGGUUCGCCCGGGACUGUCAAGAGCUCCCCAGCCAAGUCUGAGGGAGGUACGUCAGUAGGGGAAGCUCCGGAACCACUUACACACGCUCGUACGGCACUGAUGACGGGGAUGCAAUACGCUUGCAAGUUCCUGGCCGCCCGGGUUGUGUUUUGGGACGGUCGUACUCCCUGGCUGGAGCUGCUGUAUCGCCACCACGUAGCCCAGCCGUCCGCCCGUAUGGAUGCCGUACUGGAGGGACUUUUGAAGGUGCUGGCGGGCACUCGUGCCGUACUGCCGGACGUCGUAAGGACCACUUUUGCCAAACACUUGAUGGUGGCGGCGGUGCAGGCUACCGAGCGGGUGUUGCUGGAUGGAGGUCCCUGUCGCUGGUUCAUGCCCGCUGACGUGCAGGCCAUUGACCAGGUGCACACAUACGUAAAGGACCUUCACAAGCUCCGAGCGCUGUUCCACGCGGACGGUGAGGGUCUGGAGCGGGAGCUGAUCGACACGGAGUUGGAGCGAGUACGGCGACUGCUGCCGCUCAUGAAGCAGGAGGUGGGGCCGCUCAUGGACCUGCUCAAGACGGCCCGCACGCAUGGCACCGCGCAGCUCAUGUCCUCCAGCGGUGGACCUGGCCAGGCGUACGACGAGUCCACAAUCAUGCGAGUUAUCGUACAUCGCCCCGAGCGUAACGGCAGCAAGAUGCUCAAAUCGCUUUACAAACUGCCCAAGAAGGCCAAAUGA